AUGCCUUCCACCACAGACAGCCCAGUGGUGUCCCCCAGCCGGCAACAAGGGAGCAGGAAGCGGGGCGGUCUACAGGAGCUGUCCUACUUGUGGUCACUCACCAAGUAUGUGGAGAUGUUUGUUGUGGUCAACAACCAGCGGUUCCAAAUGUGGGGCAGUAACGUCAAUGAGACGGUCCAGAGAGUGAUGCACAUCAUUGCCCUGGCCAACAGCUUCACUAGGGGAAUAAACACACAGGUGGUGCUGGCUGGAAUGGAGAUUUGGACCGAGGGGGACCUCAUAGAGGUCCCAGUGGACCUGCAAGUUACACUCGGGAAUUUCAACAGCUGGAGACAAGAGAAGCUCCUCCAUCGUGUGAAGCAUGAUGUUGCCCACAUGAUUGUCGGACAGCAUCCUGCACAGGGUAUGGGACAGGCAUUUCUCAACGGUGCCUGUUCACGUGGUUUUGCAGCAGCUGUUGAAUCCUUCCAUCAUGAAGAUGUCCUGCUGUCUGCAGCGCUCAUGGUCCAUGAGCUUGGGCACAACUUGGGUAUUCGGCACGACCACUCAGCCUGCAUUUGUAAAGACAAACCCCUCUGCCUCAUGCGUGACAAUAUCACUACAGAAAGUGGCUUCAGCAACUGUAGCUCUGACGACUUCUACCAGUUCCUCCAGGAGCACAGAGGGGCCUGCCUAUUUAACAACCCUCAGCAGCACAAAGGCCGCUUGCGUAGAGAUGCCAAUUGUGGAAACGGUGUGGUGGAUGAUGGCGAGCAGUGUGACUGUGGUACUGACUGUAACACAAACAAGUGCUGUGACAGUACAUGUAUGCUGAAGGCUGAUGCAAAGUGUAGUCCAGGACCUUGUUGUAAAGAUACGUGCCAAUUUCAAGAAAAGGGCUUCAAUUGUCGUCCUGCUUCAGGAGAGUGUGACCUCCCAGAGUAUUGUGAUGGUACCUCUGCAAAAUGUCCCGAUAACGUGUACAUGCAAGAUGGUACACCAUGUCUAGGAUAUUACUGUGUACAAGGUGAGUGUAAGAACCCUAAUCUUCAAUGCCAAGAAUAUUUUGGGACCUUUUCAACUUCUGCUGAAGACAAUUGUUAUGAAUUGGUAAACAAGCACGGAGACCGGUUUGGAAACUGUGGCCUUCCUACUACUGCUAACAAAGAGUAUGUUAAGUGUACAGCAGAGAAUAUGCGGUGUGGGAAAAUUGUAUGUUCAGGUAUUAGACAGAUGCCAAUCAUCAAACCCUAUCAUACAGUGAUCCAGAUUCCUUCUCCUGAAAACUUCUGCUGGUCCAUGGAUUUCUAUGACACUGAAGAUAAAGAUGAUGGAGGAAAUGUGAAAUAUGGCACUACUUGUUCCAAAGGGAAAAUCUGCGCAAAUGCAUCCUGCAUUGAUGAUGCUGUGCUCAAGUAUGACUGCGAUGUAGAAGCAAUGUGUGAUCAGAAAGGAGUUUGCAACAAUUUGAAGCACUGCCAUUGUAGGUAUGGCUAUGCACCCCCUGACUGCAAAAACUUAGGACAAGGGGGUAGUGUGGACAGUGGUCCCCCUGGUUUGCCACCUGAUGAACAGCCAACAGAUGCUGCAGGUGCUGUCACUGGCCAUCCUGCCAAACAUGAAAAGAUCUUAGACAACAUGAUCUUAUCAUUCUUAAUACUUUUUCUCAUAAUAUUAGCAGUUGUCAGUAUUGCCUCGUGCAUCCUUUGUAAAGCUUCAAAAGAAGAGCCCACAAAAGAGAAGCCUCCAGGAGAGAAGCCUCCAGAAGAGAAGCCUCCAGAAGAGGAAGGCUUUUAG